AUGGUGAGAAACUCCCCCUUGAAAUCGAUUUUCAAAUACGUUCCAUCGGCCCUCUCAAUCGAUUCCUGCGAGGAGACGUCCUCUUUCGAGUCGGACGUAGAAGAGAAGAACGCCCCCGAAGUUUCCGAGGAGGUUGAGGUGUCUGCCGAUGCCGCCUCCAAGGGCCAGAUGUCCGUUCUCGACGCCCUCAAGGGUGUCUUGAAGCUCGCCCUCAUGCACGACGGUCUCGCCCGCGGUCUCCGCGAGGCUUCCAAGGCCCUCGACCGCCGCCAAGCGCACAUGUGUGUGCUCAACGAGUCCUGUGAGGAGGAUGCGUACAAGAAGCUCAUCAUCGCUCUCUGCUCCGAGCACAAGAUCCCUCUCAUCAAGGUUCCCGAUGGCAAGCAGCUCGGCGAGUGGGCUGGCCUCUGUGUCCUUGACCGCGAGGGCAACGCCCGCAAGGUCGUCAACUGCUCUUGCGUCGUCGUUAAGGAUUGGGGUGAGGAGUCUCAGGAGCGAUCCAUCCUCCUCAACUACUUCCAGACCGAGCAGUAA